GGUACAUUUUAGGUACAAUUUAGCCUGUUAACAUUAAGAUGAAGAAUAAAGGCUCCUUGCUCUUAGGGAUUCUAUUUUUAGUUGUAUUUACCGGAUAUGCCACAAGUCUAAGGACUGGAGGUCGCAACGUGCUGACCAGAUGGGUAACGACCUAUACAACUGAAAGAUAUUCCACAGCUGUCAGAACAACAAAUGGCCAGACAUGUACAAGAAUCUACACCUGGGGUUGCUGGAACUGCAGGAGGUGUAGAACGCAAUACAAAACGGUCAUGCGAAGUUUUACCAGAAGCGUAGCAAAACAGAAAGCAAUAAACUACUGUGCUGUAGGAUGGAGAGCAAAUGGCGACGAAUGCACUAUACCAAUAUGCACUGGUGGAUGUCAGAACGGGGGAAGAUGCAUCAGUCCAGAACGAUGUCAGUGCACCUCUGGAUGGCAAGGGACUAAAUGUAGAUCCGACGUAAACGAGUGCGCUACAAACAACGGCGGCUGUCAGCAUCACUGCAACAAUACAGCAGGGACCUAUACUUGUUUCUGUGAUCCGGGUUACAAAACUUCUGGAAAUCAAUGUCUAGACAUUGAUGAAUGCAGUGGACCGAACAAAUGUCAGCAAAAAUGUGUCAAUAGGCCUGGGAACUACUCGUGUAACUGUCACGUGGGAUAUCGACUUAACAAUGACUCAGUAACUUGCUCAGACAUAGAUGAAUGUCCACAGUCUUUAUGCCAGUAUAAAUGCAACAAUACUGAAGGGAGUUUCGUAUGUACCUGCCCCCGAGGUUAUCUGUUGACGACCAAUAAAAGAGAUUGCGCAGAUCAUGAUGAAUGUGUCACGGGACAUCACACCUGUCAUCAGCGUUGUGUCAAUCAUCCUGGAGGUUACAGCUGCGCAUGCGACAUGGGCUUUACUCUCAACAACGAUAACCAGUCAUGUUCAGAUAUCGACGAAUGCAAGUUAAAGUUUGCUGGUUGUGCACACCAAUGUAACAAUACCAUAGGCAGCUUCCAGUGUAUGUGUCCAAGCGGAUAUGUUUUGGAUGCUGAUAAUCGAAGUUGUUCAGAUCGCAAUGAGUGCGAUGGUGAGCACAACUGCGGCCAGAUUUGUGGGAACACACCAGGAAGCUAUUACUGUACCUGCAGGCCAGGGUAUUAUCUAAGUGAUGAUUUGAGAACAUGCAUAGGGUACCCAUGUGUAUCGAUAUCAAGGCCAGCCAAAGGGUACAUGAAUUGCACUGGAAAAACUGUGGAUAGCGUUUGUCAGUUUACAUGUCAGCCUGGGUACGAAUUUAUAGGAUCGCCAGUGCGCAUGUGCUUAACCAAUGGCAAAUGGAGUGGAAGUCGCGCUGUUUGUAAAGUUAGAACGUGCCAUAAACCAGCUCCACCAGCAAAUGGCUUUGUGAAAAUUCCUUGUUCAACCACUUACAAGGGAAAAUGCUCUUUUGGGUGCCACUCCGGAUUUUUCCUCAAUGGAAGCAAAACAGUUUCUUGCACCGAGAAUUCCACAUGGUUGCCGAUCCCUGGAAAAUGCCACGCAAUAACCGUCUGUCACCCUAAUCCUUGCUUUCAUGGAGGGAAAUGCAAUCCCAUUAACAGUACACAUUUUUGGUGUAACUGCACGAACACAGCAUACACAGGUAACAGGUGCCAUGCAGGUAUUUUCCGCAAACCGAUAUAUCCCCGGCUUCAACGAGGAAGCAGUGUAAACAUCACUUUUAAACUCUCCCCGCCGGAUAAACAACUUACUGUUACACCGAGUGCAUCGGGUUUAGAAUUUGUACCUGGUAGUUUGGUGAUCCACUCAGAGCAGUUGACGGAUGGAAAAUUGCACCUUGCAAACAUGACAAUAAAAGCUCUACUGCCAGGCAUGCAUCUUACUACUUACACCUUGUCUGGUGUUGGAGCCCUUUCAUACCAGAAGCUGCUUCCUGAUAUUGUAGUUGUUGUUGAGAACGAAACAUGUUGUAAUGAUGGUUUACUGAGCACUCUUCCUCUAGGAUGUCAUGAGGCCAGACUUCUCCAAUGUCCAGACAGUGACAAUUUUCUGUACGCUAGAUCAACUGAUCCAUGGAAACAAGCCCAAGGGACAGUUAGUACUGAAGGAGUUGCUACUCUCAUCUCUGCCAAUAAUCUCACUUUACCUUUGGGGAUUAGAGGAACAGCACUUGAGAAAUUGAAUCUCUCAAAUUACUCCGUUUUAGCAGACAACAUGUCAUGCAAAGCUCAACCACCAAUGGAUGUGCAGUGUCUUCCUUCCGAAAUCAUAGCAUCUGUAUUCUUGCAGUCCUUAAUAGCCAGCUUUCCUCGCUGGUUACGCUUGACUCCAUCAAAAACGCUGUCGAGCCUUGAGCCAAACGAAGCAAUCACUUACUUAUGGAGCGGACUUCAACUUAAGGGGGUUUUGAAAGGAUUAGGACUUUUCGUGAAUGAUCGAUCUUUGUAUUCAGCGCUUCUGUUCUCAGGAUCCUUAAAAGUCGAGGUAAACAAAGUUAGUGUGGUUCUUCCGAAAUACGAUGGUAAAAACAAGCACAUUGUUGUUACAGAUAUUUGUUCAAAUUCAUGGCCUGCUGUUGUACUCGUUAUCUUCAACCCAUUAUCCUAUAACGCUUUACAAGCCAUGCCAGUUUAUAAGCAACUUGCAUCACGAGGUUGGCAAGUAACUGUGAUGGCUCUACAGUUUUCAAAAGUUGGUGCACUCAAUUAUUCUGUAUUUACGGGAAAACGAGGAAACAAGCUUAUAUCAGGAAGUCUGGGAUUCUAUGGGAGAGUAGGAAAGACCAUAAUUGGUUCUCAUCCGGUCAGUUCCUUGGGUGUGCGUUUGGUGGGAAAUGCACUCUUUGGAGUAUCAAAUAUCGAUAAGGUAUGGGAAGACAAUCGAUUCGCGUGGAGGGCCGGGAUAAACGGAGAAGUAACGGCAGAAAUUAUUAUUUUCUUGUUGGAGCAAAAGGUGUUACUGGAUCUACAGCUACAUCGAAGUUCUGGACUCGUGAAGUUUGAAGAAUCUCCAAGCAACAAAUCUUGUAAGGUUGUAGACACAUAUGAAUUGUCACUUAAUGGCUACUUGGCAGCAGAUCCUUUCAAGCCUUCUCUUCUGGGCUCCUUCAUUGAUAGCAAAAACAGCAAAGUGUCAUUGUACGCGACUUCUCAGCGUCUUAUCAACUCCUCUGCAAAAGAGUCAAGCGAAUCUUCUGCCAUCCAGUUGGAAUUUUCAUUAACUGGCAUGGUAAAAUUUGGACCUUUGAGAUUUCCUAACAUGUCUUUGAGUAUUGAGACUUCCUCAGAAGAAUUGAAAAACUGUCAUGGUCAAGGUAGUUGGACGGAUUCUCCUGGAUUAACAAUUUCCGCCUCUUUUAACCAAGUAGAGGUCUUGGGGAGGUUCUUUACUUGUCUUGAGUCGGAUUUUCUGCAAAUUUUUCUACCCUCUACCAGCCAGAACAGUUCUGAAGGCGUCCUUGAAACCAGCGUGGCUUUGCUGGGAGAUUCGUUUAAAACACGGGUAAAAAUAUCAAACCAAUCUUUAAAUUUCGAGAAGGAGAUCAGUUUAUUCGAUAAUUAUCGACUUUCUAUUAAUGGCUCGAGUCAUUUGCAGUCAUGGGAUUUUCUGAGUUUGAGGCUCAUGGGAACUUUCGGUAAAUCUGACGAUGGCAGUCAUCAAAAGGCACUCGAAGAUACUGUUAAAGAAAUGAUAAAUGAUUACAUCAAAGUUAUUGCUGAAACUACUCUCAAACGGCUCAAAAUUUUAAAAAGUAUGAGGAAAAAAACUAAUGAAAGGAUCAGCGGAAGCUCAUUAAGACUCGCCCAAGCUGAGAAUAAUACUUACUCAGCCGUCGAGCAAUACCUCAGGGCCUUGAAAGCCGAACAUGCCGCCAUUAAGGAAUUACAAACGGCAGAGAAGGUUUUGACCAAUAGCACUGAAGAACUUAACGAACUCAAAGAAUCUCUUGAGCGUUUGUGUACAAUUGAAGAAUGUCCGUACAGUUGUGUUAGCGGAACAGCGUGUAGUACCUGUUAUGAAGAUCUUAUCAGCAGGGAGCAAGGGGUCUGUCCCGCAACUUGCCACAAUCUCCGGCAGGAAAGAUUUCCUCCAUUUUGGAAGACAUCAACCUGUGAGGAAGAAGACUGCGACCAUUCUGGAGGUAAACUUUGGGAGGGGUCUACUCUAUCUUGUAGCCUUGAAAAAAUUGGAAGAGGAGUCCUUAAACCAGCGAUAGCGGUGGGUGGAACAGCACUUUUAACAUCCGCAGGCGUUCCGCCAGUAGCUGCCUACGCUAUUUCAAGUGGCGUUGUAGCUGCUGCAUUUAAAUACGAUGAAAACAAAAAUCCGGAGGAAGCUGUGAUAACUGGUGGCGCGACAGGAGCAGGAAAAGCCAUAUUCCCAGAUGCAAGUAAUGACUUGUGGAAUGGUUUAGCAACCGGGGCAUAUGAAGCUUCGCAACAAUGCAAUAGUGAGGGUUCGUGGGAUUGCGAAAUGGAACCUUAUCCUUGUCCUGAGGAAGUCUUCAAUUAUAAGUACACCAAGAUACCUUACCAAUGCGAGACUUCGUGUGAGGUAAACGUCGUUAGAGAAACGAUCGCCACUCCGUGCUGCCAGGAAGUGAACUGUGCAUCACGAAUAAAAGAAUUAGAAUGCCAGAAAACAAAUGCGUUUUGUCGUAUUACAAGGCAAAAGGCCAUGUCGAAGUUGAAUUCAGCAAAAAAGAAUAUUUUAAAGCCUCUUAUGGAGUUACAACGAGCAAAGGAAGUAUUCAACAUAGUUCAUAUUGAGCUUGUUAAACGUAAAAUUGAGUUGGAAGCUGCAUCUGGUGAGCGUGACACUCUUCGAAGAGCGCACAAUUCUGUUUUAAAAGCGGCUGACAUUUCGUUGGAAUCGAAUGAAAAGAGUCGUGCUUUCAUUCACGACGCAGUUGCUCUCACUCAGCUAUGGAAUACCACCAACCAAACCUGCCCUUUAGACAUAAGCGAAAUUUCGUUCGAUGUUACCUUGUCGUCACCCUCUGAAACUCAAAUACCAGUAUUGUUCAAAGUAGCCUCCGGAAGUAAAGAGAAAACCGUCUAUUCCAUAAUUGACUUCGUAGCCCUAAAUGAUUCUCUCCAACGAACGGCUAAGCAAAUCGUCAAGGAACUUUUUGGUGAGGUGAAUGUUAUCCUGCGGUCUGGACAUCCAUUAAAUCAGCUGCAAACUCCACAAGGCAAUGGAAGAAAAAAGCGCACCAUUGAUGAACGGGCCUCUGACGUACCAAAACUGGUGGAAUUCAAGAAAAAAUGCGCUCUGGUGACAAACUACAACCGUGCCCUGAGUGAUAUCAUAGGCAAUCUUUAUAAUAUUUCCAGAAAAUCUUUACAGCUCCUUGAUAAUGUAACAAAUCCCAAUUCUAAGCAAAAACACGCAGAAUCCCGAAAGUACUCCCUGAAUAUGACCCAAGCUGCUGAGUUCGGCCUAACAGAAAAGGAAAUCAAUGAUUCCAUUAAUGCGGCAACUUCCGACAAAGAGGUAAUGAACGCAGCAAGUUUAAUUGAGCUUAGAAAUUCGACAAACCACAAAAAAGUGCAAACAGCAAUAGAUAUGGUGUUGAGAGACUGGGAAGCAAGUAUGGAGACUGUCUUCAACAGAACAUUACUGGAAUGCAGCGGUUUCAUUGACUGUAUGGAGGACUUUGUUGAAAACUUUCUCUUCCUUUACCAAGGGAUCGAUCUCCCUGAAGCAAUUCGUUUGCGGCGACAAAUUGCAAUAAUUGGCCAGGAAGUUAAAGAUCUUCUUUCCUACGAAGAUCUGUCAGUGUCUGAAGCGGCGAAUAAAGCCUCGAAAAUUCUGAAAAGGCUGAAAGACACUAGAGAUACAAAUGUCUUCUGUGCAGUCGCCCCUAACAUAACUCACCAUCCAGUGCCGAUAAAGAAUUUAAGAACAGGACAAACGCUGGUGCUGUCUUGCAAAGCGACUGGAGACCCUGCACCAUUUUAUCGCUGGAAAAAAAAUGGCGAGAUUAUUUCAGGAAGGAAAACAGAGACGUUACGCAUCGAGAAAGUAGCAAAAGCCGACAGUGGUAACUACACUUGUGAGGCUUAUAACCACUUAACAGUGGAACCAUCAACGCCUUCUUACAUAGUUGUGCACCCACCUCCUGUUCUGGUGUACCAGCCUCCUUGGAACAUGAACGUACCAGUGAACACUGGUUUUUUUAUGAAGUGUACGGCGACUAGCUUGUCAAAGCCACUUCGUUAUCAAUGGAUUCACAAGCCUUUUGGUGGAGAUAGUUAUACUUUGGUCCCUAAUGCUACUUUCUCUGUGUUGAAUUCUCACUCCGUGAAGAAAAACAUGGAAGGCUUUUACAACUGUAACGUUUCCAAUCCAUUUGAUUACACGCUAUCUCACAGCAUCCGACUUCGAAUUCUCGGCUUUUCUUUGGUUGUGCCUUCUCUUUGAUCAUCUUUCCAGAUUGUCGGCGAAA